UGCUAAAAAUAAUAAUAAAAUAGUCAAAUAAAACAAGAGAAUAAAAUUUAAAAAUUAUUCUACACCGCGUUUUUGUCAUUACACCGCUCUUUCGUUUCGCUGGAACAUCUAAAAUGCGCUUUCGGUCCAGAACUUCAUUAUUGCAGUUGCACAGCUGCUGUAGAUCGGCGAAAAAACACGCCGGCGGCGAAUGUGUUGACCGUCGUUAUGCCACAGCUGGUUACAGCAUUUUCUUUGUUGUUGCCCUCCUGCUGCAGGUGCUAACCGGUGCUGCUGUUGCCGGCGACGGUGGAACGAAAGGAUUAUUGCGCAUGCGUUCAGCGAAAAUAGCUCGCGUCCAUGGCAUGCAAGUGGUGCCGGAGAGCCUGAGCAAUAGUGGGGCUAGCGGUGACGGUGACAGCGCGGUCUCUGAUGCGUCGUCGUCAAUGCUGGUGAAGGACAAGCUGAGCAGAGCUGUUGCUGAAAGCAGCAAACACUUGGCUGGUAAAUACGAGAUCCGCAGUGUUUCGGGCGAGCCGAAUUACAAAUCCGUUAAUCUAACCUGGGAAGUGGAAUUUGUGCCCUCUACUGAUGAUGGGACAGCGCCAACAGCGACAACAAGCGUUGUUGAUGCUAUCACCAACAGCAGCGCCGAAGUGGAACCGCCGAAAGCCUUUCAGAUUUUCUUUUGUGAAUUGCAAUCAUUUGGACCACAUCGCUGCCGCUCCAAAUUGGUGAAUCAAACUCAACAGGUGGAACCAAACGGUAUCAGCGACAGCAACAACCAUGAUAAUGAUGCGCCAGCUGAGCAGGCGAAAAACAGUCGUCAGGUACGUCACUACUCGGUGCAAAUCGACAAUCUUCGCAUGGCCACCAAAUACAGCUUCCAUAUCCGGCCGCAAGCGAAACGUAGAAAUAUGAAAAUCACCGGUCGUUCUGAAGUUUUCGGCAACGAAAUCGUUGACGACGCUGCUGUGACGUUGAAGGGCGUGCCGCUUGAUGGCGGCCAAACUAUCAUUAUACCAACGAAAGGAUUUGCUGCACAAGCCACCAAAUGCUUGCCACAAGCCUCAGAGAUUGAAGUGGAGACAGGUCCAUACUUUGGCGGAAAGAUUGUUGUUGACGGCGGCAGCUGUGGUAUAAAGGGCGAUCAGAACGAUCCCAUCGAUCGGUAUACGAUGCGGAUUAAUCACAAAAUGUGCGGCAGCUUGGUGAAGCCCGAAACGAAUACGGUAGAAACGUUUAUAACGGUACAGGAAAAAUUGGGCAUUUAUACGCACAGUACGAGGAGAUUCGUCGUGGUUUGCAGUUUUCAGUCUGGCAUGCAAACCGUGCGCGCCAGUUUUACGGUGCCCGGUAGUGAUGGCGUAGCUGCAGCCGUGGAAAAUGAUCCCUUCGAACCCGACGACCGCCUAGGACGUGAGCAACGCUACAUGCGUUUCGUCGAUAAAAGUGCGCUGGUGUUAAAGGAACACACUGCACCACUCGAACCAGCACCGCCGGCAGCGCACACACAAGCCUUGUCAUCGGACGAAAGCAUUGCGCUCGUCGAAGAGGUAACCGACGCAGUUAAUCAAAAUGGAUCGAGCAAAAGUGAAAACAGUGGCAUUAACCCGUUAUUAAACGACGAGUCCAACGAAGUGCCGAAUAGUGUUGCGCUAUUGGAAGACAUUUUGCCCGGUGUGAAUGAGCAGGAUAUCCGACAUGAGAACGAGGUGUUGAAAUUGCAGGAAAUCGACGAAGAGACGCGAGAGGAGGUUGAUGCAGUGUCUACAGUGCCGGUGACAGCAGCACGCGCGGCGAAGUAUGCGAAAUUAGUGCGUGAGCAGGCAACGGCGAAUGCAUUGGCUGAUGAGACGAAUAGAAGCGGUACCCUAGCGGUGGAGCAGAGAUAUCACUUGCGCAACACAGCUGCGGCGGGAAGAGGUUUCACCUCAACUUUGGAACAAAUCUCCUCAAAUGCCGGCAGCAUUAUCAUCACCGUCUCUCUGUGCGUAUUAGUUUUGGGCAUUUUCAUUUUUGUCGUCUUCCGGGAGGCGCGUCGUCAACGUUAUAUACGCAGCAAUAUUAAAAUGCAGCAACUGCAAUCCUCACGCGCCUCAUCCCCCACAUCGGUGGGCACCGAACAUUCAGCGUCGGUGAAGCGCACAAUUCCGCGUGCCUUGCAGGCUCAGCAUGCACAGCAUGCACAGGGUAACAUGUAGGAGGGGUACUAGGGCGGGUACUCGUAAUGAAUAUUGUUUAAAUAAUGUAAGUCGAUAUUAUAUUAAUAUAGAACUGUAAGGUUAAGCUAAAAAUUAAAUAGAUGUUGUUUUCAAACGAAACCACAAUUAUAACUGGAAAUCAUAAAAAACCGUUUAAGCGUCCGCAAACUCUCCAAACCAAAAUCCAACUAUGCUGACUUGUCUUGUUAAGUGACAAAAUUUACAUUGCUUCGACUACCAGUGCAGCGGUGAAGUGCAGGAACUUAAUUGAAGGCGACUGAGCAUAAAAACAAAAAUAAUAAUUUGAAAUAGAAAAGAUCACUUUUUUUGGAAUUUUUCUCAAGAUUUCUCAUAGAUUCAGGCUUUUACUGUAGUGCUCUAUUAAAAGCUUCUUCAAUCACGAUUUGAAAUCAUUUUAAGUGCUAAGAUUAUGCUCUUAUAAAUACAUAGAUUACCUAUAAAUUCUGCAACGAAACGGUUAAAAAAAUUUCUAUUAAGUUUAGUGAUACUCAAUCAAUAACUUUAUAUCAAAAAAAAAUUAUUUAUUUUUAAGUUAA